AUGAAGCAUUCUGGGGCCUAUUCGGCGGUCUUUCAACCAGUUCACGAUGGACGCUUGCAGGCUGCUGUACGCUUCCAUGUCAGACCAAGACUUGAGUAUGGUGGUGCGGCGACAUACCCCUGCACGGCUGGUGAACUGGAUAAGUUGGAGCGUUUACAACGUGCUGCGACUAGACUCUUUGUUGGACUACGAGGGACCAGCUAUGAAGGUCGUCUACAGGCUACCGGUCUUGAAUUCUUGGAGUCUUGA